CUAUCUUCUCAUUAUAACUUUUCAGGUUUGCGAAAGUGUGGCACAUUUUCUUUAACAUGUCUCUAAUAAAGUGGAAUUUACGUGCUAUGUUUAUUAUAAUUUUAUCUGAUUACAAUUUGGGUCAGAUGCCAGUGAUAAGCUUAAAACAUGAUGGAUUAGGAUUUAACGCAGAAAUCAGUUGCUUUUCGUUAAAUCCUACCAUGGGAACAGUAAGAUUUUAUGAAAAUAAUGAAACGGUCAUAGAAAUAAGGAACAGCAGAAGCGGCUGCGAAAUGCGACCUGAUAAUGUUCCAAACAAACGGCUUUGUGGAUGUAAGGAUCUAUCAACAGUUGCUUGCAAUAUAUCUCUUGAAUUCUACUCAAAUGAAUGCAAAAUAUGGAUGUGCGAAUUCAUAGAACGUGGCCGUGUAAUUAUCAGCGAUUCUGUUAACGUUUGUAGCAUUGUUCGCACCAGUUCUGUGACAAGAUCAACAUCUGAGAGGAACUGUUCUUCGUUGUUUACAACCGAAUAUAUAGUGGAUUGGUUUGUAGAUGGUGUUGCUCUAAAUAUUUACAGUGACGUUUUUAAAAUGAGAACAUACAAUGCAAAGAACAUCAGUUUGCUGAUGGAAUCAUUUUAUCGAGAAGGAGAUGGUUCAAUCGUGACCUGUAAAGUUGAUGAACCCGCGGUGGAAGAGUGGACCAUCAAGAUAUUAUAUCCAACUGCAUUGUGCACUCAAGCAUCAACACUAGGUAAAGAAAUGACUGCUGGUACAAUAUGUAAAUUUACUCAUGGUAAUCCAAACAUCACAGCCGUAUCAGUACCAGAUCCAUCUUGUCAGCAUAUAACAACGGUUUACAAACCGGAAGUAUACAUUUCUCUGUGUGAUGCAGUGAACAGAGUGGACUUAGGAGCCCGCCGAUAUGUAGGAAAUAUCAGUGGUCUUUUCAAAUCAGAGUUACUGUAUCCUGCAUCCAUACUUGACUACCAUAUAGAUGAGAUACAUACGAACGCGUGGAACGUGACGUCAGAAGGAAAACGUUACAUACGGUUUAAUUGCCAUGGCGACGGCAAUCCACCUCCAAUAAUGAAGUUAAUAAAAGAAAACGAAGUUCUAGUUACCACAAACACAUCUUUUCAACAUAAAAUGACGUUUAAAAAUACCGGAGAUGUGGGCAUGUAUAUGUGUGUUGCUUCAAAUGUUUUUGGCAGUGCUAAUAAGGCGAUUUAUGUCCAUCCUCUGAAAAUAGAUUCACAAAAAGAAGACUUCCCUUCUAUGACCAAUAUGAUCGUGUACGUUGUCAGCGGUAUAGUCACUCUAGCACUCGUGAUUCUUGGUGUACAACGCCUCUGUCGCAUUUUCAGAUGCUCGAGACCAUCACCACCUGAAAUAGUUCGCCCCCAGGUGGUGUUUGUUAACAUAGCAAACCCCGAACAAACGAACGAGCAAACGGAGCAAGAUAAUCAUACAACAGACUUACAAGCUAGAAGGAAUAACAGCGUUCACCUUUACGAAUGCAUUCCACCAUCACCUAUCGCUGAUAUAUCAUUUGGCAAUAUUGGUGAUGACACUGAGUUUAUUGAAGUCGGAGAGCCACCUAUUGCGGACGCAGGUCGCUAUGAAAGUCUUGAUCAACGUACUCGUGAAUUUAUGACAUACAGCAGCAAUCCGCAAGAUCCAAACACUCGUGAAGUUAUGACAUAUAACAUCAGUCCGCAAGAGCCAAACACUCAUGAAGUUAUGACAUAUAGCAUCAAUCGGCAAGAUCAAAACAUCAAUCCGGAAGAUCCAAACACUCUUGACGUAAUGGUAUAUAACAUGAAAGUACAAGAUCCAAACACUCGUGAAUUUAUGACAUACAACAUCUAUCCGCAAGAUCCAAACAUCAAUCUACAAGAUCCAAACACUCAAGACGUAAUGACAUAUAACAUGAACGUACAUGAUCCGAAUACUCGAGGAGAUACAUCUUACAUUAAUUUGCAGCUUUGAUUGAAUCACUCGGAAACAAACAAAAUAUAUAUUAAUACCAUUUUUGAGACUUUAUACUACGUCGAACAGAUACGAAACUUAUCAUUUGAUCUGAAUACUCGGAAAAGAUGUAACAAUCUGCCAUAAAAUUUGCAGUUUGAUUCAAAUGCAUCCGAAAUAUGUGUAUAGGUAUGAAACCUACAACAAUUUUCAUGUUUUGUUUCAAAUACGCAGGAAGAUAAGACCUCACAAUUUGUAGAUUUGAUAAAAGAAAUACUUAGGAAAUUAUGAGAAGUCGGUGCAAACACGUGUAUUUGUUUGUUGCCGUACUGAAAAGAUAGUUUGCUUAUCUUUGUUGUUGUGUUUUCAUGGAUUUUGAUAUUCAUUUAACUGAUUGUGGUAAUGUUGUUUUUUUGCUUCGUUUUUGUUUGUUUUUGGUUUGCGCUCUGUCUGUCUGUCAGUCCGUCACACUUUCCUGGAUACUAUGAAAACCUUAAAAGAUCUUCAUUUUUUCAUGAAACUUGAAACAUGAAUAGAUGACAAUAUGGAGAUUAUGCACGUCAUUUCAUUGUGUUCCUGCGUCAAGAAUUUUGGUUGCUAUGGCAACAAAUAUAUAUAUAUAUAUAUAUAAAUCUAAAAAUUUGAAUUGCACAUAUAAAUAUCGGGACAAUAUAACGUUCGUGUAGAUGGCAUUGUCACAUUUAAAUAUUCCUUCAAAUCCCCAGAGAGACCGAAAGAGACACUUGUUUAUCAUAAAUGAUGUUAUUUUAUAUUAUUAUAUUUGUUACUGAUGUUAAUUAGAAGCAAAAAUUAAUAUUAACUUGUAAGGUAUUUUAUGAAUGAUUAUUCUAGUACAACUUUAAUAUGUUAUG